UCGGCCGAGGGGAAGUCGGGCGUGCCCUCGCUGCGCCCCCCGCCCGGGCCGCGAGCCCUCCACCACGGUGCUGGGGCAAUGGGUGCUCCGCGCCGCUGGCCGCCCGUCUUCCCGGGGCCCCCGCCGGGGCUGCUGCUCCUGCUCCUGAGCGGGCUGGCCCCGGGUCGCGCCUCCCCGCGGCUCCUGAACCACCCGGCGCCCGUCUGCUCCCAGCAGGGGCUGAACUGCACAGUCAAGAAUAGCACCUGCCUGGAUGACAGCUGGAUCCACCCUCCAAACCUGACCCCCUCAUCCCCAAAAGACAUCCAGAUCCAGCUGCACUUUGCCCACACCCAGCAAGGAGACCUAGUCCCUGUGAUUCACGUUGAAUGGACACUGCAGACAGACGCUAGCAUCCUUUACCUGGAGGGUGCAGAGUUAUCUGUCCUGCAGCUGAACACCAAUGAACGUUUGUGUGUCAAGUUUGAAUUUCUGUCCACACUGAGGCAUCAUCACAAGCGGUGGCGUUUUACCUUCAGUCACUUUGUGGUGGAACCUGGCCAGGAGUAUGAGGUGACUGUUCAUCACCUGCCCAAGCCCAUCCCUGAUGGGGACCCAAACCACCAGUCCAGGAACUUCCUCGUGCCUGACUGCAUGGACCCCAGGAUGAAGAUAACCACGCCGUGCGUGAGCUCAGGCAGCCUGUGGGAUCCCAACAUCACCGUGGAGACCCCAGAGGCCCACCGGCUACGGGUGGGCCUCACCCUGUGGAACGAGUCUACCCAUUACCAGAUCCUGCUGAACAGUUUUCCACACACGGAGAACCAGAGCUGCUUCGAUCAUGUAUUGGAUAUACCCAAGCCCACACCAGAGGAUUUCCACCAGCGGGCCAAUGUCACGCUCACCCUACCCAACUCUCAUUGGUGCUGCCGCCACCAAGUGCAGAUCCAGCCCUUCUUCAGGAGCUGUCUGAACGACUGCCUCAGACACUCCGUGACCGUGCCCUGCCCAGAAAGCCCAGAUCCUCCAGACUCGAUUCCAGAUAUGCCACUGUGGGUGUACGGGUUCAUCACGGGCAUUGCCAUCCUGCUGGUGGCUUCCGUCAUCCUGCUGAUCGUCUGCAUGACUUGGAGGCUCCCUGGGUCUCGUCAUGAAAAAUACAGUAAUGACACCAAAAACACAGAUAUCUUGCCUGCUGCUGGCCUGACGCCCCCCCCACUGAAGCCCAGGAAGGUCUGGAUUGUCUACUCUGCCGACCACCCCCUCUAUGUGGACGUGGUCCUAAAGUUCGCCCAGUUCCUGCUCACUGUCUGCGGCACCGAAGUGGCCCUCGACCUGCUGGAGGAACAGGUCAUCUCAGAGGUGGGGGUCAUGACCUGGGUGGGCCGCCAGAAGCAGGAAAUGGUAGAGAGCAACUCCAAGAUCAUCAUCCUGUGCUCCCGAGGCACGCAGGCCAAGUGGCAGGCCAUCCUCGGCUGGGAGGAACCCACCAUCCAGCUUCGGUGUGACCGCUGGAAGCCCGCUGGGGACCUUUUCACAGCGGCCAUGAAUAUGAUCCUACCAGACUUCAAGAAGCCAGCCAGCUUUGGCACCUACAUCGUCUGCUACUUCAGUGACAUCAGCAGUGAGAGUGACAUCCCCGACCUCUUCAGCAUCACUCCCAGGUACGCACUCAUGGACAGAUUUGAGGAGGUGUACUUCCGGAUCCAGGACCUGGAGAUGUUUGAACCUGGCCGGAUGCACCGCGUUGGGGUGCUCACAGGUGAAAACUACCUGCAGAGCCCCAGCGGCUGGCAGCUCAAGGAAGCCGUGGAGAGGUUCCGGGAGUGGCAGGCUCAGCGGCCUGACUGGUUUGAUCGUGAGAACCUUUGCCUGGCAGAUGACCAGGACCUCCCAUCCCUGGAGGAAGAGGUGUUUGAAGAGCCACUGCUGCCUCUGGGAGGAGGGAUUGUCAAGCAGAAGCCCCUGGUGCAGGAACCUGCCUCCGAGGGCUGCCUGGUGGUAGAUCUGCUGGUCGGCGAGGAAGGAAGAGGACUGUCAAGGCUGGAACCUCAGCUUCAGCCCCAGGGGGAGCUGGCAGCCCAGACGCUCCAAACUGCAGUGGUCCCAGUAGAGAAGCUCCCUCCAGCUCAGGCAGUGGAACCUGUCCCCAGAGCUGUUGGAAGCAGCGCAGCCAGCCGGUUGGCCGUGGUGGAGGGCGAUGAGGCCUGCCCGCUGCUGGAGGGCUGUGGCCCUCAGCGGAACAAUGUCCUCUUCCUCCCUGUGGACUCAGAGGACCCCCCUCUCUGCAGCACCCCGACGGCAUCACCCGACCACCUCCCGGAGGAUGUAAGGGAGGAGCUUGAAGACUUAAUGUUCUCCCUCUUCCAGCAGAGUCUGAGCUGCCAGGCCCAGGGCGGGUGGGAGAGACCGGCUGUGGCCCACAAAGACCCACACACGCCCUACGAGGAGGAGCAGCGGCAGUCGGUGCAAUCUGACCAGGGCUACAUCUCCAGGAGCUCCCCACAGCCCCCUGAUGGACUUACGGAAAUGGAGGACGAGGAAGAGCAGGGCCUGGGGAAGUCGGCCGAGCACCUCUCUCCUGAGGACCUGCAGAGCCUGAGAAGCCUCCAGCAACAGCUUUUCUUCCAAGAGCUUCAGAAGAACUCUGGCUGGGACAGUGUGGAGCCGGAAAGGCCGGCCUCGUAGGGGUCCCCCAAACCCAGAGUGCUGAAAGAAGGAUGUGUGUGUUCACAGGUGCACACGUGUGUCUGUAGAUGUAUGUAUGUUCAUGUGUGAAAUGUAUACCUUUCAAAUGUAGACAUCUUGAUUCUGAUCCCAGGGUAUCCCUUUAACUUUUCUUUCUGUGACCGUCUGGUCAUCUUCCAUCCCCACAAGGAUCCAGAGCCCAUUCCCAGGAGCUAAUGGCAGAGUGUCCCUAAGUCUCCAUCAUUUAUUCAUUCAUUCAUUCAGCUUUAUUUUGCACGUACUACAUGCCGGGCAUAUGAGAUAACAAGGAUAAAUUGCAGCCGACAUGGCCCUGGCCACCAAGGAGCUUCAUAUCUAAUGAAAGGGGCAGAUUAAACAGAGAUUGGUCAUGCAAGAUGUAAAGGCUGAAUGGAGGCCUGCCCAGGGCUAUGAAAAUACCCAGAAGGGGCCCUUGGCCCGGGGAGAAAUUCCUGGAGGAGGUGAUGUGUGAGCUGAAGGAGAAGCUAGUUUCCUGGGCCAAGAGAUUGUGCUGGAGAAGGCGGCAGUCCCAGGACACGGAGCACAUCUGGUGAGGGCUGGCAGGUGAGUGGCAGCAGGGCCCCUCAGGGUCCUGCAAGUUGAUCCUGGAGUAGAAGGAGGCAGGUGUGGUGGAGAGGAGUCAGAGCCCCAGUGGGGAAGGCCUUGUGGGCCAGGCUGGGAGUGGAGACAUCAGCCCAAAGGCCUGGGACUCCUUUAAUAUGAUGAGCUGUUGCCCUGCAGAGGAGAAGGCUGGGCCAAACAUACCCAGAAGCCACCUCAGAUCAUUUUUGGAAAGAGACGGGAUAGAAAUGUGUGAUGGGAAACCUAACAGCAUCCAGCAGGGAGGAAACUUGGAAACCCGGAGCUCACGUUUGGGCAGUCUGUCACUGGGAGAGCUAUGGCGGAGCUCCUCAGGGGCUGCCUGGCUGAGCCCCUGGGCUGUGGGCCCCUGAGCUCGGGAAGCACUGGGAGCUGAGAGCCCUCCCCUCCAGCUGUGGUCCAAUGACAGUGAAUUGAGUAUGAGAUGUGGAGGACCCACAGCAGGGCGGGAGGUGGGUGGCAGGUGGGAGUGGGAGAGCAUGAGAAUCUGGCAGGCCUUCGAUAGGAGAGGAAAGUGUGUCAUUCUGUACUUAGAGUCUGAGGUCCAGAGACAUUGGAGGAGAGAUGCUAAGGCCCAGUGUUUGAAGAAGUUGUCCCCAAAGUGCCUCCUUGGGAGAGACUGAAGGUUUCUGUCUAUCUGGGUGUCCCGAAGAGCGCACUGGGACGCCGUCCUCCCCUGCAAUUGAAUGUCCUCCAUUUGCCUAUACUUGAGUCCUUCACUGCAGCCCCAAGCUUCAGCGAGUAGGAGAGGAUUCUGAAAAGUGAGGAAACCAAAUAUCACGGGUGUACGUGUGUGUGCACGCAUACACGCAUGCAUAUGUAUACAUAAAAGAGAGAUCAUCAAUAAAAGAAUGAAUAAAUUUGUUAACUCUGCUAAGAA